GAGGACGAGGAGAACUGCAGGGGGCGCUGUGGUGCGCUGUGGUGGAUGGUGCUGCUGGGUGUGAAGGUAAAAGGUCAGCCUGUGUAACGUGUCCGUCAGCGGGCUGUCACUUCACCGGUGUCGGUCACCAGUCACUCCACCCGCCACCCGCCGGCCCCCGCUGCCGCUACACACUUGUUCACUGGUGCUUCAGCCGAACUCGACCUUCACUCAGAAAAAUGGCGAAAAAGCGAAGGGAGAGACGAGAGGCGGACGGUUUGUCCUCGUCCCAGGAGGAGGUGAAGGCGAACGACAGCGACUCCCAAGCGCUGAAAGAGGCUCAACAUACUGUGGGGGGCUCAGCACGCAUGUCCCUCCUCAUUCUGGUCUCUAUCUUCACCUGCUCUGCCUCAGUCAUGUACCUGGUCUACAGGAACUUCCCAGAGCUUCAGGAUGAUGAAAUGGAGAAAAUCAAGAUCCCCAAGGACAUGGAUGAUGCCAAAGCUUUGGGAACCGUGUUGUCCAAAUACAAGGACACCUACUACAGCCAAGUGUUGGUGGCCUACUUUGCGACAUAUGUUUUCCUCCAGACAUUUGCAAUCCCUGGAUCUAUCUUCCUCAGCAUCCUGUCUGGAUAUCUUUACCCUUUCCCUUUGGCUCUUUUCUUAGUCUGCUUGUGCUCUGGCCUUGGUGCUUCCUUCUGCUAUAUGCUGUCAUAUCUGGUGGGCAGACCCGUGGUCUAUAAAUAUCUCACAGAGAGAGCACGGAAAUGGUCCCAGCAGGUCGACAAACAUAGAGAUCAUUUAAUCAAUUACAUCAUCUUCCUGAGGAUAACACCCUUUCUUCCCAACUGGUUCAUCAACAUCACCUCACCUGUCAUCAAUGUGCCUUUGGGGGUUUUCUUCGUCGGUACCUUUCUCGGAGUGGCGCCGCCAUCUUUUGUAGCGAUCAACGCGGGUACAACACUCUACAAAUUGACUACAGCUGGAGAGGCCGUGUCCUGGAAUUCUCUGGCCGUGCUCGGUGUCCUCGCUGUGCUCUCCAUCUUGCCCGUCUGCUUCCAGAAGAAGCUGCAGCAGAAACUGGAGUAGACCACUGUCAUCUCCUCAGAACCUCAUCUGCUGGCUGAUCCCAACACCCCCUUCACUCAGCUCAGGAACACGCGGCUGUCGCCCAAGUAGCUGCUGGGGCUGGUGUGGUGCUAGUGGGAGAAUCUCUGCCUGCUGGUGCGAGUACUCAUUGACUUCAGAAUGCAUGCAGUGGUGGGUCGUUCCUGUCGUUGAGUAAAGUAUACAAAAACUGGCCGCUUCUUGCACAAGUUUUAUUUUUUUGUUUCUGUGAAUUAUUUCGUUGAUUGUCGCACAUCUUGUAAAUGAGCAUAAUCACAUUUUUAAAAAUUAUAUUCACUGCUUAUUAUCAUAUGAUUCUUGCCAGAUAAUUAAAGGUGCUACUUGUAGGAUGUUGAAGUAAAACACGUUAUUCUGAUACUUGGAUUUAAAUAAAUGCAGGUACCAGUUG